GCUGACGUUAUGCCCGCUCUGUGUGUGUCCUUGAUGGCAACGUAUAAAAGUCCAGGAGCUGCUGGAAGCCGCAGAAGAGACGAAGAGCGACCAAGACGUCUUCAUCCAGAACCAGAAGAACAGCAGCAGCAAUAAGAGGAGAAGAAACAAACGCUGGAUCAUGUGUCCUGUGUGGCUAUUGGUGGCUGUGGUGAUUGUGGGCGGGGCCACAGGAGCUGUUAGCCAAUGCUGGGAGCAUCCGAGCUGCCAGGACCUGAACUCUGAGAGCGGCAUGAUGGAGUGCAUCCACGCCUGUCACUCUGACCUCACCGCUGAGACCCCCCUCAUCCCGGGGGAAGCCCACCUCCUGCCUCCCCCGCCUCCCCCCUCAGAGCUCUCCCCCUUCCCCUCCUCCUCCCCCCAGGCCAAGCGCUCCUACUCCAUGGAGCAUUUCCGCUGGGGGAAGCCCGUGGGCCGGAAGCGCCGCCCGGUCAAGGUCUACACCUCCAACGGCGUCCAGGGGGAGUCCACCGAGGUGUUCCCCGGAGAGAUGAGGAGGAGGGAGCUGGCCAAUGAGCUGCUGGCAGCAGCCGAGGAGCAGGAGGUGAUGGAGGAGGCAUCGGAGGAGCACCACCGGCUCCUGGGGGGCCUGCAGGAGAAGAAGGACGGUUCAUACAAGAUGAAGCAUUUCCGCUGGGGGGGCCCGCCGGCCGGGAAACGCUACGGAGGGUUCAUGAAGAGCUGGGAGGAGGGGCGCCAGAAGCCGCUGGUGACGCUCCUGAAGAACAUCAUCAACAAGGAGGAGCAGGUGUUCGUGUGAGAGGAGGAGCAGGUGUUCAGCAGCGACCAAUAAAAAGCUGAGAAACUUCUGGAUGUGACGUGAUUUUCCCUGACAUGAAGGCAAAGCGAUGAAGAUGUUUUGAUAUUUAUUGUUUCAUGUAAAUAACUGUAUUUAUUACAUAUGAAAACAAAGAGUUAUUUGCAAGCAAAA